CUUAUUUUCAGAAAAAUAUAAUAUCACUCAGUUCAGUGAUACUAUAUAUUUCACUAUAUUUAGUUAGUAACUGAUUAAUUUACAAACUAUUUCACUUUAGUAGGAGAGCUAUUGAAUUUAAGAAUUAUUGAAAACUUUCUUCGAUUAAUAACAUGUCACUCAUUAAAAUAAACUUAAUUCUUUUUUUUAUUCAUAAUAUCAAAUCAAAUUAUAUUGUUGAUUUAAAUAAUAUCACGAAGAAUGAUUUGGUUGCUCUAAAAAAUGACUAUAAAAAUAUAAUGGAAUUAUAUCUAAAGAAUCAUCCGUUUUAUGCAAAUGAAAUGUUAGAUAAGAAUAGAAUGAUUUGUCCAUUACCAUGGAGUCAUACAGGGAAUUAUAGAAAUAUAUACUAUAAGGACACAAAAAUAGAAAAUCGAAGAUUGUUUGACAUAGUUAAUACUUGUUUGUCGAAUAGAAAAUACUCCCUAGGUUAUGCAAUUAUUUUGAAUACCAUCGAAAGUAUUGGAAUUACAUACAUUUAUCGGUUCUGCGAUUUUGCAAGAGAAAUGAACAACAGACAAGCAAUACUAACAAAGUAUUAUAGUGAAUUCAAUGAAAUACUAGUUCGUUUAAUAAUGAAGUUUAACAGAGAUUGUAUUUCUUUAGACUCUUAUGAAUGUCUUAUAAUUGUUUACAAGAAACAUAUGAGCAAGUACACAAAUUUUGAAUUUAACAACCUAGAUGAAGACUACAGAAGCGAUUUAUUAAACUGCAUGGAAUCCAUGAAGUUCAAAAUAAAUUUUGUUGAUGCUGAAUCUCAAUUAGAACCAUUAGAAAAUUUAUCUAAAAAAAAACUGUUUAUCUUGUGGCAGAAUUAUGUUCAGAAUAUUAUCAAUAUUGAUAAUAAUAAUUUCUUUUUAAAAAGUAUUGAUGGGAUUAAAGCUAAAAAUCCAUGUUAUGUGUGCAAGAAUCCUGGAAACAUGGUCAUUAAUAAGUAUAGUUUUUUGCCGUGUGGACAUGGAUGGUGUUGUUUAUAUUGCUUGAAAACAAUUGAUAAAUGUCCCUUUUGUCAGCAGAACUACUCAAAUUUCCAGGUUAUAAAUAUAAUGACACCUUCAUUGUCAUAUUCAAAAAAUGAUCAGGCAAACAUACGAAGUAGUAUAAUUGAUUCAGAGAACUCGCGUUGUUUAGACUGCUUUCGCCUGAUAAAAGAAGUUGUACCAAACACUAAAUACAUAAUUGUUCCUUGCGGUCAUGGUUGGUACUGUAAUGAUUGCUCAAUGCGAUAUAGUUGCAUAGUAUGCGACAAAAAAGUUGAAGAUUUGAAUAUAUUAUAAAUAAUCAUGCUAGUAAAAAAUAUUUGAAAUGUAUGAGAAAUUUGCAUAUGGAUAUCAAAUGUAUUGAUCAGAUACUAUUUGGGUAAAUUGAAAAAAAAUCACUUUUCAAUUCAAUUUUUUCAAAAUAAUAUUCGAUUUUCAACAAGUUACAGCAAUUGAAAGUUUAGGGUCAUUCAUAAAAU